AUGUCCUCCCUUGACUCUCUCUCCUACCCUGUGAGUCCUGGCUCGCCCCCAUCUGCUCCCUUGUCUACCCCUACCACGCCCUGGAACCCUGCCUUGCCUCCUUUUGUUCCCCUUUCCCAGCCUGCAUCCCCAACCAAGCCUGUUCCCUCCAAGAUCCCCACCAAGCCUGCCCGGACUCCUCGUCCCAAGCCCUCCACUACCCCUGAACCCAAGACCCCUUGCCCACCCAGCUCCACCCUACCUGGACUUCCUCACGUUAACUCUGUUUUGCCUCCGCCCCCCCUCCCUUAUAUAAGAGAUGGUUCAAAUGAUGUUAGGAUUAUCCUGCUGGGAAAAACUGGAGCUGGAAAGAGUGCAACAGGAAACACAAUCUUAGGGAGAAACGCUUUUAAAUCAAUCACAUCACAAGAGUCCAUUACUAAAGAGUGUCAGAGAGAAACAGCUGAAAUUAACAGCAGACAAAUCAUUGUGAUUGAUACUCCAGGACUGUUUGAUACUGAAAAUGAAGAGAUUCAGAGAGAAAUUAGCAACUGUAUCUCAAUGACACUGCCAGGACCUCAUGUGUUUAUUAUUGUAAUGAGUUUAGCUCAACGCUUCACAAAAGAGGAGGAAGAAUCAGUGAAGAUCAUACAAGAGACUUUUGGUAAAAACUCUUUAAUUUACACCAUGAUACUCUUCACCAGACGAGAUGAGCUUGAAGAUAAAACCAUUGAAGAGUACUUGGGAAAAUCAAAAUCUGCCUUAAUGAAGCUCACUGAACAGUGUGGAAACAGAUAUCAUGUGUUUAAUAAUAAGAUUAAAGAUCACACACAAGUUUCUGCUUUACUGGAGAAAAUAGACAACAUGGUGAAAGCAAAUGGAGGGAGUUAUUACUCAUCUAAAAUAUUCAGAGAGAUGGAAAGAGAAAAACAAGAACAACAAAUAAAGGGACUGGAGGACACAAUUAAACAACUGAGCAGAGAGAAAGAAGAGGCGAGAGAGAGAAUGAAAAAGAUGAUGGAGGAAGAAAGACAGAAUCAUGAGCAAGAGAGACAGAAAAGAGAAGAGGAAUUUAUAGAGAAAGAAGAAAGAUACAAAAGAGAAAUGAAGCUGCAUGAUGAGAUGAGAAGAGAUCAGGAGAGAUUAAAAAAUGAAAUUGAGGAAAUAAAAAAAGAAAACAAAGUUCUCCAGUUGAAAUAUACAACACAAAUAGAUCAACUGAUGAAUAGAAUGGAGAAUGAACAACAGAAUCAAGAAAGAGAGAGAAAGAGAAUAGAAGAUGAGUUUAGAGAGACAGAAGAAAGAUAUAAAAGAGAAAUGAUGGAGAUGGAAGAUGAGAUGAGAAGAGACCAGGAAAGAUAUGAGAGAGAAAAACAAGAUGAAAGACUGAGAAAAGAAGAAGAAGAUCAGAAAAGAAAAGAAAACGAACAAAUGAUGUUGGACCAAUAUGAAGAAAUAAAAAAACAGAAAAAGAGGACAGAAAGAGAAAGAGAGGAUCUUCAGUUAAAACACAACACAGAGAUAGAGAGGAUGAAGAUGAUGAUGGAGGAAGAAAAACAGAAACAUGAGGUAGAGAAGAAGAAAAAAGAAGACCAAUACAGAGAAAAGAUGAAAGAAAUAGACAUGACAAAUACCCAAGAACAAGAGCAACUAAAGAGAAAACUUGAGGAAACACAGAAACAGAUGAAAGAUGAUGAAAGAAAGAUGGAGGAAGAAAAACAAAACUGGAGACAAAAUCAAGAAACUCUUAAAGAACAAUUCCAGAAUGAGAAAGAUCUGAAAGAAGAACAAUCUGACCUCUUCCACAAACAGCUUGAAAAACUCUUCAGUAGAUUAAAUUUAACAAACAGACAUCAAGAUAAAUUGAGAACAGAAGAUUUUCUUAAAAUCACAGAAUCUUCACUUCAGUCUCAGGAGCCACAGAAAGAAACUGAACUUGUAAACUCAUUCCUACAUAAACUGUUGACGAUGAACUACAGAGCAAGAGAAACUCACAUAAAACAAAGAGGAGAAGAUCAACAAACACUUGCAAGCUACAACCCUGAAGUUGAUAUUCAUGUGAUGGAUGUUCAGAUGGCUGUGUUUCAUUGUGCUGAUAGUUUCCUAAAGCAGCUGAUGGUCACUAAACUCUCACAGUGUCAGUUUGCUCUUCCUUUCCUUGUUCCUCAUCCAUUCACACAACAGAUUGAGUUUCCUCUCUGGACAUUCAGACAAAUCAACAAGAGCUGGAAGAUGAGAAAUAAUGACAAUAAGAUCAUCAGUAAAGUCCAGCCUGUGUACAAAGCAGAAUCUCCAAUGGUGUCGUUCUUCAGGUUUGGCUCUUUGUCUUCAUCAAAGUCUCAGUUGAUAAACAGUUUGAUCAAUGAGAAACACAACACGUUCUUCCACAGAAACUGCUCAGGAAGCAGCAGAACCAGACUACUGAUGGAUGGAGUGGUGGAGAUCGCCUGGUACUGUCCAUCUGGACAAAACACAGAUCAAUUUACUGACUGUGUUGCCUUCUGUAAUCUUCAUGGUGAUGCAGGAGACAAUGAGAAACAAUAUGAGAUUUUAACCAGUAUGUCUUCAGUCAAUGUCCUCUUCUUAUCUGAUUUUGGACAGAAGAACCAGUAUAAGGGUUUGGUGAGGUCACUCUUCAGAUCUCCUCAACCUCUUAUCUGUCUGCUCACAGACAAUGACUGUGAUAAAACUAAACUGGCGAAUGGAAAAUUCAUUUUUGGUCUUUUGAACAGAAAUCAAUCUGAUCUAUCUAACAAGAUAAGAGAGACAAUCAGAUUGAGUCUGAAAGAGCACAAGAAGACUUUUAAACUGGAAGAUGUGAAACACACAGGAAUUCAAGUAGAUGAGAAUAAUGAAGAGUGUCAAAGAGGAAAAGAGGCGGCGCUUCAGAUGAUGGGAUUAUUGCAUGAUAAAGAUCCAUCAACAUUUAAAGAAACAAAUCUGCCCUGUCAGGGGAAACUGUGGCAUGACUGGUGUAAAAUAAACAAAGAGCUUCGUCAUCUAAGAGGAGAAAAUCUAGAGGAAGAUAAAAGUAAUAAAGAGAAAAGUAUGAAAGAAAUAAGAGAAAAGCAAAUGGCACAAGGAUCAAGUGAGUUUAUGAGGAUAUUUUUUGAAGCACUGCGAUCACUGAAAAUCAAUGAGAAAAACUAUUUUCUGAAAUGGAUGAUAAAUCUGUUGGAUGAGUUCACUUCUAAAAAGCUUUGUGAACUUCAUAAGGAGUAUGAUAUGAGAUGGAAUGAAGUUUCUGCUUUGAAACAAAUGCCAGAUAAACAAGACCAACUGCAGAUUAAGCAAACAGAGCUUGAGGAAAUAUCAGAACAAAUCAAUAAAACAACCUUUGGCUUGGAGCACAUUGUGAGAGAGGUUGGUCAGAUCUAUGAAUCAUGGUCAUCUGUAAAGAAAAACAAUUUCUCUGAUCUCCCGAGUCUUGCAGCAGAGAUGAUGAUCUCUGGAUUUCCACUGGAGUUGAUGGAUGGAGAUGCUGCUCAUGUUCCUCUCAUCUGGAUUAAAGCUGUUUUAGAUCAACUCAUCCAGAAUCUGGGAGAUCAGAGAGUUUUUGUGCUGUCAGUUUUAGGGAUUCAGAGCUCUGGUAAAUCCACUUUACUCAAUGCCAUGUUUGGUCUUCAGUUUUCUGUCAGUGCUGGCCGAUGCACCAGAGGAGCUUUCAUGCAGCUGAUCAGAGUAUCAGGGGAGAUGAAACAACAGCUGAAGUUUGAUUAUAUUCUGGUUGUUGAUACUGAGGGUCUUCGUUCAUCAGAAUUGGGUGGAAGAUCAACAAGAAAUCAUGAUAAUGAAUUGGCCACAUUUGUUGUUGGACUUGGAAAUCUGACAUUGAUCAACAUCAUGGGGGAAAACCCAUCUGAGAUGCAAGAUGUUCUCCAGAUUGUUGUCCAGGCCUUCAUGAGGAUGAAAGAGGUGAGACUGAAACCCAGCUGUAUGUUUGUACAUCAGAACGUUUCAGACGUCACAGCUGGAGAUAAAAACAUGGAGGGAAGAAGAAAACUGCAGGAGACACUGGAUGAGAUGACAAAUCUCGCUGCUAAAGAAGAAAUCUGUGAUGCAGAUUUUUUUAGUGAUGUCAUUGCAUUCGAUGUACAGAAAGAUGUGAAAUAUUUUGCUCAGCUGUGGGAGGGAAGCCCACCAAUGGCGCCACCAAACCCAAACUACUGUGAGAAUGUUCUGGAUCUAAAAAAAUCAAUUUUAACACAUGCUUCAGAAUCAAAUGGCAUAAUGCUGUCACACCUAAAAGGGCGUAUUGAAGAUCUCUGGGAGGCUUUGCUGAAUGAACAGUUUGUUUUCAGCUUCAGAAAUUCACUGGAAAUCGCAACUUACAGGAGAAUAGAGACAGAAUACAGCAAGUGGAGCUGGAGCCUUAGAAGUGCCAUGCUGGACAUUGAAAACAAACUACACAACAGAAUAGAAAAUGAAGCAGUUCAUGAAGUUAAAGAAACUGAUCUUCAAAGAGAACUUCAUGAAAAAAGUCAAGAAGUGAAAAAGUCAAUGUCUGAAUUCUUUGAGAAAGAUGAAGAUGCAGGAAUACUGAAUCAGUGGAAAACUUCAUUUGAAAUAAAAAUCAAAGAGCUUCAGGAAAACAUUAUGAGGGAUUCAAAGAAGAAAUUAAAUCAGGUUCUUCAGCAGCGAGAGAUGAAGAAAAAGAUUGAUGCUCAGAGGACACAACAUGAAAACCAUCUUUUUGAAAAAAGCAAAGCACUUGCCAUGAAACUAAAAGACAAAGCAAAUGAUGAAAAUAUCAUGAAAAAAGAGUUUGAUUUCUUUUGGAAAGAGCAAAUGGAUGAGAUCAUCAGAGAGACUCCUUCAGUUAAAAACAUUGACAUAUUAAAGGAUGUAAAAGAUCUCCUCAGAAACAUAUAUGAAAGUCUCCAUAUAGACCAUAAGAAAAUCAGCAGUGAGGACAUUGAUAUGUUCUCUGUGCCAAACUAUUCAGAUUAUGUACAGUUAAAGAGAUCAAGUGGACGUAUGGGAACUUUAAAAAAUGUCUACAAAGGAGCUAAAGAAAUGUUGGGCUUUGUUUUAUCUCCAGAGGAUGAAGUCCAGAUAAGUAUCUUAAUCGAAGAAAUCGCUGAUGACACAGAUAAAAUGAUUCAGUCAUAUAACAUUGCAAAGAUGGGCUACAACAAUAGUUGCAUUCAACAACUCAUAGAUUACAUAAAGACAAAAAUAACAGAUCAUGAAGAAAAGCCAAAAGUGAAAUAUGUGUUCAAGAGAGAAUUCUUCAGAGAUUUGGUAGUUUCUAUUUUUCACAGAGCAAACAAGAGAUUGACUGAUCAACACAGAUUAUUCACUGAAGCAAAUGAUCCUGUUUUGUAUUCUGAAAGGAAGAAAGAAGAGUAUUUCAAGAUUUUCCAGAAAUAUUGUCAAGGAGCAACAUCAGCUGCCAUUACUGCUGAAUUUAUUUGUAUUAAAGUUAAAGAAACCAUUGAGCUGAAUGUCUACAAGAAAACCGCCAGAGAUUUAGCAGAUGAAAUGACAUCAAACUGUGAAUCACUAAAUGGAAACAGAUCAAAUCUGGAGAAACACAUCCUGAAGACACUGGCAAAUAAAGAGGAUUUUAAAGCAUACAUGACCUACAUUGAGAAUCCCAGAGAUCACUUUAAAAGUUUCAUCAGAGGUGAAGUCAGUCAGUACAUCACUGAAAGAUUUGAUGAUAGUGUUAAACCUAAGAUGGAGAAAAACAUUACACAACUGCAGAAGAAGAUCAUAAACGCAGCACAAGAGUCCACCAAACACAUUAAAGAGAUCAAUGAAGAUCUUCAUUCAUGGUUGACUCAUUUCACACAUCUGCUGUCUGAUGUUCUGGUUUUCUCUGUAAGUGACCUCACUGGAGUAAAUUUUAGUGAUGUUGAUAUCACUGUCCUAGAAGAUGUGAUAAACAAAGAGAUUCCUGCUGUAAUAUCUGACAUCCGCUGUAGAUUCACUAAAGAAACAUUUCCAGUGAAGCUGAACAACACAGACAGACCGGAUGAGAAUCUGAUUGAUCAUUUCUGUCAGUGUUGUUGGGUUCAAUGUCCUUUCUGUGCUGCCAUCUGCACCAACACCAUAGAAAACCAUGAUGAAGAUCACAGUGUCCCUUUCCAUCGUAAUGUUGGACUGAAUGGGAUGUCUUACAAAGGAACAAAAAACCUUUCUAUCAGCAUCUGUACAUCAGCAGUAGCCAGUGAUCGAUCAUUUUAUCCAGCUUCAGACCCAGAUAAUGCAUGCUUAUGGAAGGAAUACAGAAAAGCAGGUCCUAAAUAUGCUCAGUGGAGCAUCACUCCUGAUCUCUCUGAGCUGCCGUACUGGAAAUGGUUUGUGUGCAAAUUUCAGAAGAAUCUGGAAGAGUACUACAAGAAUACAUUUGAGGGGAGUGGUAAGAUUCCAGAUGAAUGGAGGAAAUACUCUAAAGAGGAAGCCAUUGAGAGUUUAGAUAAAUACAUUUAA